CAUGAACGUUGUGAUUUCAAAGGUCCAUGUGUUAUCAUAGCUUACGCUAAAGACAAGUCUUUCAAGUUUGGUGGAUUUAGCCCAGAAGGUUAUAAAAGUACUGACGAUUAUUACGAUACAUUUGAUGCUUUCCUCUUCUAUUGGCUCGACGAUUGUGAUGACCCAAUCGUCCUUCCAAAGAUUGGAGGAAGUGGAGCAGCUCUAUUUGAUUAUGCACGCGGAGGGCCUCAAUUUGGAGCUGAUGGGCUUCUUAUAGGACCGCCUUUAGCUCCCGUGAUGGGCGGAUUUGCGGGUCCGGAUACGAACUCAGGCGUUGGCGAUUUGAGGAUGGCUAAAUCAAGAUUGGGUUUGUCAUAUGCUAAGAGGAAAGAUGGGAAAGAAUCU